AUGGGAGAGGGGGGCAGAUAGCAGUGUGCGAUUGUUCCUUGCUUUUGUCUCUCGCUGCUCGACCCACACCCGCAAGGACAGCUUGGGUUGGCACCAUUCUCUGCCUCGGGAGCGGGGGAACAGUAUGUCAGCAGUGCUGAACCAACCAGUCGUGAUCGACAACGGCACGGGGAUCAUCAAGGCAGGCUUCGCGGGAGCAGACAAGCCUAAGGUUGUGUUUGCGAGUCAUGUGGGGAGACCGAAGCACAAGCGGGCGAUGAUCGGGGGUGCUCUGGACGGCGGCGACGUGUUUCUCGGCAAGAAGGUGGAGGAGCACCGCGGCGUGUUUCGUUUGACGCAUCCGAUGGAGCACGGGGUGGUGAAGAACUGGGCCGACAUGGAAAAAGUGUGGUCGCACGUAUACGGUCGGGAUAACCUCAACGUUGGGCCUGAGGAUCACGCGGUGCUGCUCACGGAGGCCCCCCUCAACCCGUACAAGAACCGCCGACAGUGCGCGGAGACCUUCUUCGAAACCUUCGGCGUGCCCGCCAUGUUUUGCGCGCCUCAGGCGAUCUUGAGCCUGUACGCGUCUGGCCGAACGACGGGUGUGGUGUUGGAUUCGGGGGACGGGGUGACCCACUGCGUGCCGGUGUACGAGGGGUUCGCCGUCCGACACGCCAUCACCAGAAUCGAUGUGGCAGGAAGGGAUGUGACGGAGCGGCUACAGCUGCUUCUCCGGAGAGCUGGGUACAACCUUCACACCUCCGCGGAAAUGGAGGUGGUGCGGCAGAUGAAGGAGGACCUGUGCUACGUAGCGUUCAACCCCUCGACGGAGGAACAAGUGAAGCAGCCCGACACCGUCUACAAGCUUCCCGACGGCCAGACCAUUCGGGUGGGCCCCGAGCGGUACCGCGCCCCGGAGUGCCUUUUCCACCCGGAGCAGCUGGGCUCGGAGUCCAUGGGCGUGCACGAUUGCCUCCUCAAGGGCAUCAUGCGGACGGACAUGGACAUGCGCCGGACGCUGUUCGGGCAGGUGGUGCUGUCUGGCGGCAGCACCCUCUUCCCCGGCUUCGGCGACCGCCUCCUCAACGAGGUCCGGAAACAAGCGCCAAAGAACCUCAAGAUCCGCAUCACGGCACCACCGGAGCGCAAGUUCUCGACGUGGGUAGGAGGGUCCAUCCUCGCGUCCUUGGCCACCUUCAAGGACAUGUGGGUUACACGCGCAGAGUUCAGAGAACACGGGCCUAACAUCAUGGACAGCAAGUCUCUGUAGGGCGGUGUUGCCAUUUCAUGUUCCUAGGGGUCGACCAACUAGGGUUCUCGUUGGAAAUAGGCGGGGGGUGGGGGUCGUGAAAGGGGACCGGCCGCGACCCUUCCCGGUGUGCGCUCGCUCGCUUUCAAGUUCCCAAGAGUUGGAACCAUUCCUCUACUCGUACUACUGUGUGCUACAUUUUCUUUUGCCUGUUCCCACAAAGAGGAAUGAAAUUUGUGAAAUCUACGAUGUGCAUUUAGUUGGUACCCUGUCGAUUCCUACCGGUUGGACGAUGGAGGGGGGUGUACUCAU